GGGAAUGUGUUAAAUGCAAGAUUGAGCGAUGAAUAACAAAUUAUAUAAAGUCCCUCUAAGUUUGCCGUUAGGAAGGGCGCUAAUGUCGGGUAUUUCAAUCAACAAUAGUAACGUGGGAAUUUACUACCUGAAAAUAAAAAGAAACCUUAAGAAAAAGGGCUAACUACAUCUGUCCAUUGUGCAUGCGUAGAUUUUGUAUCCCCUCCUGCUUUAACUUUCUCUUCCCUUCUUGCUGACGCCAAGCGUCACAGUCAGUUUAGUCUACGACUGACAUGCGUCGACGGUGUUUCGUUCGUGCGUCGUAUACGGAAUAAACAUUGAUCUCAUAAAAGCUAUCUUCCGGAUUAUUUGAAUAAGAAAUUUGCAGACAGUGAAAUCGUUUCUACGCAGAUGACUGCGAUCACAGUGAAGUCUUACGUUGAGAGAGCUGCGAGUCCAGGGAUCGUGCGAAGUAGCGAUUACCCGCUUUUGAUUGCGAGCAAAACCGAUUACGCGCAUAACCCUUAUCGCCACAUGUGUACUUUUGAUGUCUCGACUGUAUUGUAAACAACAGCAACUGGUGAAUAUAAGAGUUGCGACUAUUUCGUGGGACAUAUAGGCAUAACUAGUAGAAGAUAGGAAAAAUGGCAAGCAAAUUACCAAAGGAGUUCAAAAAGUAUUAUCGAAACAAGAAUCAGCUCCAGCAUGUUCUUGAGGAGACGCAACAUGCCAUGGAAGCUAUAAAUCUUGAAAAUUUCUUCCCAGGAGAAGAUAUCAUCAGAGAAUUACUGCCGCCAUUGGCUUUGAAUAAAGUGACAUACAUACUCGAUAAUUUCCCUGCGAUAGUCGUCUUGGGACAAGAUAACAAAGCCAAAGCUUCACUGGUUAACAAGCUAUUCUCCGCUGAUAUCUUGCCAUUGUCCAAUGGUUCGUGGAGAUGGGUCAAACUCACAUAUGGACACACCAAUCAUGUCAGUCUCACGUUAAGUUUAGAAUUUGAAGUAAUCGAGAAACUGCAAGCAAAUGAGAAACCCUGGAGCACACUUCCCAUCGAAGAUCUAACGAAGUCAGGAAGCGAGGAUGUCAACUGUCCGACGAUACUGGACGUUAAGUUAGACCAAGCGAUUCUAAAAGAUGACGUCCAGAUAUUUAUCGUUCCAAACAGUGAUGCCAUAAAGGUUCUUGCUAAGGGCUCACUGCGAAUUUUACCUAUAUUUCUUUACGCUCUUGGAGAGCAACCGUUGACUGAGGAAAAUUUGGAAGAAUUGCGAGAAUUGAAGGAAACUUAUCCGUGUUAUCCAGUUUUGUUUAUAUCGUCAUUAACAAAUAUCUCGUUGGAUUCUUUCUUAGACGCGGAAUUAACUGAAUCUGAGCAGCACAGUUUGCAAAACCGAAGGUUGGUGUCAACCGAUCCUAGCGAGCCGAAGAGUGACAACAGUAUUAGCAUUGACAAAAUGAAUUCGCUCGGUCUGAAAUGGCUAGAUCAAUUAACGAACUUAGGAUUCCUCGGUAUGGACGAGUCUGUAGAUGUUCACAAAUUAACGUGGCUUGUCGGCGAUCAGUAUGUUAACUCGAGCCAUCUAGUGGAUUCAUGCAACAAAAUGGACCACAUAUUCUCUUUUACUCGUAACUGUUUGCAAAACUAUCUCUUUAGUGUCGGCAGUCGGUUGAGCGAGAUACACACGAUCAGCUUACGCAAAUUUAUUCUGAGCGCAUUUGAUAUGGCACGUAAGAUACAGAUUACCCCUAGGAGAAUACAAUAUGCUCGACAAAAGGAGAACGAACUUUACGCCAACCUGAUGAAAGUUGUUAACGAACAGCAGGAAGCAUUGUCCGAGUUGAUACAAGUUAACAUUGAAGAGAUGAAGAAUGAUUUAUUGGUGUCUACCAAUGAUAUUUCCCAGUGUGAAACCACAGUCAGUGAUGAUGAACGAAUAGAAUGGACAACUACUGUUCGUGUCGCAACGUCGGAAGUUCAGCGAUACGUGUUAGGGCACUUGGGCAAGAAAGUCGCUAAGGAGCUCGUAGACUCGAUCAACUGUCUUCGGGAAACGUUCAUCGGGACUCUUGAACGUUGCCUGAUAAGUCUGGAAAAGAGUUAUGAACAUGACAAUAACCCACUAGCUAGUGACGCAUUGAAACAAAUACUCUCUACUGCGUACAACAUAGAAUUGCGCAAUUCAUCGCCGUCCUUUGUGCAUUCAUUCUUGGAGAGGUUGAGACAACUUUUCAAGUCUCUGCCAUUACCAUGGGCACCGACCCCGACUUUGGACAUGGCCUGGAGGAAGAAGGUCACCGUAGACGUCUUGAAUUCAUUGUCGGCGGCGCGAUUGGCGAGGACAAUAUCCACGCAGUUCAAGGAAAAGCUGAAAUCAUCGCACGACACCUUUCAGGAUGCUAUGGACUCCCUGGAGAAUUAUUACUCGGGAAAUCUGGAGAGGACAGAGGAGCAGAGGGUGGCUAUACGAAAGUAUCACGCACCUAAACUGGCGAAGCUCGCGUUGGAAUCCAUGUCCAUGAUGGAUACGGUGCGCUUCGGGGUCCCACAGUGCGGCAAGGAGAUCGGAAGGGGACAAUACGGAGUGGUAUACUCGUGCGAUGGUUGGGGUGGAGCCCCAGGCCUGUGCGCAAUCAAAUCGGUCGUACCGCCGGACGAAAGGCACUGGAACGAUCUUGCGAUGGAAGUUUACUAUACCAGGUCGAUACCGGAUCACAAGAGGAUAGUGAAACUUCGUGGAUCGAUCAUAGAUCUGUCGUACGGCGGAGGAUUCGGAUCAGGAGCUGUCCUGUUGAUCUCCGAUCGACUAAGUCGCGAUUUGUACUGUGGCUUACGCGCUGGUCUCUCGUGGCUGGAACGCAUACAAAUAGCGAUAGACGUGUUGGAAGCGAUACGCUAUCUCCAUUCACAGGGUCUGGUGCAUCGAGAUAUCAAGCUGAAGAACGUCUUGCUCGAUAUGGAAAACAGGGCUAAACUGACGGAUCUUGGAUUUUGUAUCACGGAAGCUAUGAUGUCUGGAAGUAUCGUGGGAACGCCUAUCCAUAUGGCGCCAGAGCUUCUGUCUGGCCAUUACGACAGCAGCGUCGACGUGUAUGCCUUUGGGAUCCUGUUUUGGUACAUAUGUACCGGCAAUGUCCGUUUACCAUAUGCAUUUGAACAGUUUCACAACAAAGAGCAAUUAUGGAUAAGCGUACGGAAAGGUAUCAGACCUGAAAGACUGUCACUUUUCGAUGAGGAAUGUUGGACACUGAUGGAGCAAUGUUGGUCCGGGGAGCCGUCUAAACGCCCACUGCUCGGUGCAAUUCAACCAGUUUUAGAGUCUAUACAGCAAAAAGCGGAAAGAGAUCAUUCAUUCUUCAGAACAGAAACUGCAUGAAAAAUCUGGAGGAUAUUGAUAAUACAAUUAUUUGUGUCUCAGUGAAAUAUAAUAAGAUGUGAUAUUUUUAUUACUCAAGAAGAUUAUCUAUCUAUGAAAUAAUUUAGUCAAAGAACAACGUAGCUAUAAACAAACUGCAAUAUUUUUCUAAAACAGGGAGGACUAAUAAUCUCAAGGUAUGAAUUAUACAUAUAAUUUAUUCUAAUUAUUUUUUUUACUAUAAAAUAAAUGUUUGCAAUAAUAAUAAAUUAUAGUGUACUUGUGAUAAUAAACCUGUACCAGCGAUCGUGUCUCGUGUUUUGGGAAAAACGCGUGCUUAUCGAAUUUAAUUUUUGACUGAUCAUUAAUCAUUAGGUUAACAUUUGUAAUAAUAUUUGAUUAUUUUCGCUUCAUAGUUUGUGAAAACUGUAUAAAAAGAUCUGAUCGCUUCAUAGUUUGGGAAAACUGUAUAAAAAGAUCUGAUCGCUUCAUAGUUUGGGAAAACUGUAUAAAAAGAUCUGAUCGCUUCAUAGUUUGGGAAAACUGUAUAAAAAGAUCUGAUCGCUUCAUAGUUUGGGAAAACUGUAUAAAAAGAUCUGAUCGCUUCAUAGUUUGGGAAAACUGUAUAAAAAGAUCUGAUCGCUUCAUAGUUUGGGAAAACUGUAUAAAAAGAUCUGAUCGCUUCAUAGUUUGGGAAAACUGUAUAAAAAGAUCUGAUCGCUUCAUAGUUUGGGAAAACUGUAUAAAAAGAUCUGAUCGCUUCAUAGUUUGGGAAAACUGUAUAAAAAGAUCUGAUCGCUUCAUAGUUUGGGAAAACUGUAUAAAAAGAUCUGAUCGCUUCAUAGUUUGGGAAAACUGUAUAAAAAGAUCUGAUCGCUUCAUAGUUUGGGAAAACUGUAUAAAAAGAUCUGAUCGCUUCAUAGUUUGGGAAAACUGUAUAAAAAGAUCUGAUCGCUUCAUAGUUUGGGAAAACUGUAUAAAAAGAUCUGAUCGCUUCAUAGUUUGGGAAAACUGUAUAAAAAGAUCUGAUAUAAAAUUGUAUGUAUUGAAACAAAAGUCAAUUUUUAGAAUAUCGACGGACAAGUCAAAAGAUAACGUUCUGUUUAUAGAUUUAUAAUCAUGUUUUUAUUGAAGAGCUGACCAGAGAUCUGUCUUCAGACGCAAUGCAGUUUAAUACAAUUUUAGAAUCAAUUUGUUAUUUGUGAUCAUGAUUCAACAGUUCAUCUAAAGUUCAACUAUUAAAAGAAUAAAACUUGAAUUUUGUUUUGCAUUAGCUGAAUUUAAAACUAAGAAAAAUUGCGUAUUCAUCUAUUCGAAUAUUGUGAUAUAAUUUGGAUUAUAUAUUUCGUGUAUUUUCUGGGUACCCAAUUAUCAUACAAAUUACUCGAAUAUAAUGAUCAAUAUAAUAUUUGAAAAAAGUGAAAUGACAAAAUUAACUACUAUGGAUAACAGAUUAAUGAUAAAUGAUAAAUGAAUAUUACCCGAGUGCUAAACACUAUUUUUUCAUUCUAAAUACCCAGUUAUGUUGUAUAAUAUUCAAAUGCGUCAAGUACUACUCAUAAAUUUCAGUAUUGGAUAGAUAUCUAGAUAUUUGGAUAUAAAACUACUUGUUUAUAUCGAUUAUUGUAGAAGUAACAUAAGAAAAUAUUUUAUGUAAACAAUGAUGCGUAUAAAUUUAUAUAGUUCAUAACAUUUGUGUACUCUAAUUAUUUUAUAAUAUUCAAUGUGAUAAAACUGUAUGCAAUAUAUAGAGAAAGAAUGGAUGGAGAAUUAUGAAAUUUUUAUUUGAUUUUUAUGAUAGCAUGGACACAAUAUAUAUCUGAUUACAAUAA